CAUCGCAUUUUCUCUACCCCGACAUCCCCGGACUAAGUCAACCCAAGCACCAAGGCUAGAUAAGAAAUCGAUACUCCCGAUACUCCCUAUCCGACAAUAGAACGAUCUUAUGCGCGCAUACGAAUCUACCUCACUCUAUCAAGGCGGCAAAUGGCCCGCUACAUAUACGAUUAAUCCGAAGUUGGUACAGCAUCGAGGACAGCGACCGCAUCGCUCAUAGCGAAUCGAACCGUUGUCGUUGUCAUUUCAGGGUUGUUUCGGCCUGCCGGGACAUCAAACCCCCUCUGUUCUGGAAACCGACUGAUUGAAUUUCCCGGUCGCCACCAUGUCGACACCGGGUCGGCAACAUACACACCAGCCUCAUCCGCACUCCUAUAAUCCCCAGACGCCCUACGCCACAACAUCACAAACCGCCUACUCCUCAGGAAAUGCCUCCGCACCUCUUCCCUCGCCAACCAGAGCGCAGACACAACAAAGUCAUCACUUCUACUCGAUAGACUCACAAGGACGGAUACCUCCCGGCGUGCAUUCGACAUCGCCACCUCUCCCGACUUCCAGCCAUCCUCAUCAGCAGCCGGCAUAUACGAACGGGUAUCCGACGGGGCAAUACCAACAAAUGCCGCACCAGCAGAUGAGCGCCUCGUCCGCUCCAGCGCCUGCACCCGCUGCGCAACAGAUGCCGCAGUCACAGUCGAAUCCGCAUGCAGCACGACCACCAACAUACCCACCGAACGCGGGCACCACGGCUGCAGAGACGGCGGCAUUCUUGGAAGAUUACGGACUUGUGGCUGAGGCGGCGAAGCGGGCGCAGAUAGCGUGCUUAAUGAGAGACAUGGAAGGGGUGGAACUAUAGAGCGGAAACGCAUGUACAGCAUAUCCGCGCCGGGAAGCGCGUGUAAAGCAAGAGAAGGCGUUUCGUUUAUCAAUAUGGAUGGGGAUUUGCAUCAGCAAUGGCGUUUAGAAGACGGGUUGGAUAUUCGUCCACCGAAGUCAUCUGGUUGCUUCAUAUAUGGCAAAUUGGUCUCGGAAAUGGGUCACUAUUCUACGUCGAAUAUGUUUACUCGGAUAGAUAAUCCAUUGUUAAAUACGCUGCGAAACAUCUUCUGGAUAUUCGGAUUCUCCUGUGUUAAUAGUCUAAGUUAGACCGGAAUUUAGGGAUCCAGUC